AUGGCAGACUUCCAUGAAACUAACCCAGCAUUUCCCGCCCAAUCCCUAAAUACCCCUCGACCCAGUGCCACUGCGAUAUCCUUUGUGAAACUUACUUGCAUCACUCGCCUUCGGAAUUUCUUCAAAUGUAACUACAACACUUCAACAUUGGUUGGUAAGCCCUCGCUUCAAAUUAGCGAGUCCUCGGAUUCUGAACCUGAGUCCUACUACAAUACCAUUCGAGAUAUGAAUGCCAUGAGUCUAAUAUCUGGAUAUUUCGGAGAUAAACCCAGAGCUGAACGACUCGAGGUUCGUAAUGGUGUUUCCCUUGAUGAAGAGCUGGUUGUUGAACUUCCCUCUGAACCUUCAACUGACUUAUCGGUGGGCCCGGUUGAGCUUCCGGUGGAAUCACUGAGGCGGGAAAAGAGAGAAUCUCGAAUAGGUCAGCCUAAUCAGAAUCCGCUCGGUAUGAAUCGUUACACUCCGUUCCCCGCAGUGACUCCAGGUAUCUUUCUAAUUCCUGAACUGCCUGCUGAGGAACCAAGCAUCCGUCGCUCGGACUCGGAAUUGUCCCUGAGUUCUCGUGUCCGAGCGCGUACUGGGAGGGAUGUGGAAAGAGCUGUUGCUAUUGCGAUGAGAAAUCGUCGUCUUGAAGUCACAGAUUGA